ACAAACAAAUUGAAAAGAACCUUGUCGAGGGUGCAGUUACUUAGAAUUCUUACGAGCAACAUUACAAAACCGAAUAAGGGAAGAGCUACAUCAUCCGAUAAAAACGAAUUCGUUGUGAAGAAACCGAAAUGGUUUAAUAGAGGACCAAAAACUUCCGAUCCAUCAAAUCAGUCAUCAAAAAAGACAGUUGAUUGCCAAGAAAUGAAUGAGAAGAUCAAUGAUUAUGUAGAGGUGGAGAAAAAUGCUGGAGAUAGUAGCGGUUCGUCAAAAACCUGUCGAUCAUGGGUCCUCCGUAGUGGUACUGAUGUUGGAGAGGUAUUAGCUAGAUAUGUCGAAACUAUUCCGGAGGCUCAAAGGUGUUUAAAUCUCGCCUAUUGGAACAUCCUUGAUCUUACUGAUGAUAUAUUGAUAGGAUCUUUAUUUUCGGAGAAUGAUUGGGAAGAAAUAACUGAGAGCUUUGAAAAGGAUGUAACAUUAAUUGAAUCAGAUAUACCGGAUGCUGCAAUAUAUUUUUUUGAUGAAGUGGAAAAGAUAACAAGCAAAGAAGACGAAAAAAUUAUUGAGGAGAUUGAGAGAUUGUCUCCAGAAAUAAUUGAAAAAAAUAAUGGCAUUGAGUUAACAAACGAUGAAAAGGAUAUUGUUAAUAGUAUCAGACGUGCUGUUAUAACAUAUGCCGAAAAUUUAAAAGAGCUUGAGUCAUCAUCUGUUUCAAAGAGCGAUUUCGAUAAUAAAUUUCCUAACAUGUUGACAAAACGAUUCUUAAAUAAAGAAGACAUUAAGAUGGAUUUUGGAGGAAUCACCUGCUUGGCUUCUUCCCGGAGAAGGAAUGAAGGACGCUCCGUUUUUCUUCAUGAAGAAAUGGGCCAGAAGUGUGAUUUUCGUGGCACAUUAAAAAACAGUGUUGAUAGUCUCGAAGCGAUGAUUGGACUUAGAAGUGGUGGUUUGCCAGUUGCCAAUCGCGGAAAAAUAUUAGAAGAUCGGUGGAUUUACGAAACAUAUGGGAUGGAUUGUAAGGCCACAAACAUAUAUCGUUUUGGUAGACUUUCUCAUACUAAAAUGCCAAACACCCAGAAAUCGCUUGCGAUUCUUGAAGGAUUUUAUGGACUAAUGUCAGAUAUUAAG